AUGACUAGAUUACCGCUGCCUAACGUUGGCGGCAUUUUGGCCCCCAUCCUUCCCGCCCUACCUGCCGCCUCUCUCUCUACGCAGCCCGCCACAGCCGUCCUCCCCUUUCUUUCCCCCAUCCUCAGGCAAAGAGUUCAGGUCUUCUCCGCCACUAGCACGGAGCCUUGGCUCCGCCUUCUUUCCUACGACACAUCCAAGGCCAGUCGCCUGGUCGAGGUCGUCCAGAGCGGUCGCCUCGACCCCCAUCCUGUCUCCGGCGAGGUCGAGGUCGACUGGGAGUACGAUACCAAGACAAGGUACCGCCGUCUCGACCAGGAGACCUCCCAGGCCCUCGUAGUCCUCGAGGACCUCGAGCUCACCUUCCAGCUCGUCUACUGCGUCGGCGAUAAGGAUGGGGGCGGUGACGGUUGGCGGGUUGCUGAGCUCGGCGUCGUAGAGAAGCCCGACCCCUUUGCCGCCUUCGGCGGUUACUCCACCAUCGCCGAAGCCGAGAAGGCCUUCGAGGAGAACAGGCCCAAGUCGUCGCUCAAGGUUUCGACCGGCUCCCUGGCCGCCACCCCGGGUCCGGACGACGAGGAUGACGGAUACUGGGAUCGCUACGACGCCACGCCGGCCAGGUCGCCCGUGAACCACCGUUCUCCCGCCCCGCCCAAGUCGACCCAGCCCGGGCCCCCACAGCCCGAAUCCUACCGCCCCGACUCGGCCGCCGAUGAUGACUACUACGCCAUGUACGACGACGUCCAGCCUGCCAUGGACAAUCACGACCCGGAGGAGGAGGCUGCGCACAUGCAGCCGAAUCUGAACAUCGGACAUUCACUUUCCUCCGACCUGGCGCCAGUCGCCUCGGCGAGCGACUCCCACCCCCCUUACAGCUUGUUGGCGCAACCGCGGGCUACAAAACCCGAAUCACCUCCCCUGGACGCCGAGCGGGCCGCCGUCCUGCUACAUCCCCGGCCGGCCUCGAGCGCCAGCAGCAACGGGAGCCGCACCGUCGAGAAGCUCGAGGAAACGGCAGAGCGGCAAAUGGCCAGCGAAUUCAGCGUUAAGAAGCAUGUUUCCAGGACCAUUCGCAGCUUGUGGAUGUUGUCGCAAGCCUCUGGGAUUGACAGGGAGGAGUUUGACCGGCUCGUCAGGUCCGAGCUAGAGGUGCUCGAGAUGGUCGACAACCAUGAUCUCUCCUAG